UUGCAGCUAAAUCGGGGUGAUGACCGCUCUCAGGCUUCUCUCUGGUUAUAUAUUCAACAACGUAGAGCUCAGAUAUUAGUUCAGUAGUUUACAUUAAUUUUAUCGCCAUUUUUUGUGCUAGAAACACACCCUUACAUUAUUUCAAAGAGAUAACGUUAGAUGUCAUGAAUGCCGUAAUAAUAUUCCAGACGUCAACCGCAAAGUGACAGUUCGUGGCAUUGUUGGUCUGUUGAGAGAAAAAAAAAAUGGAAAUAAUCUCGCAUAUUACUUUUGAUAUCUGAUAAGCGUUGACACACGCUUAGAAUAAUUAGAGCAAUUGCUUUAAUUUGCUGUCAUUAUGAAACUUGGAUAAUACACGCACACGUGUGUCAAUCGUCAUAAUCGCCUAAAUAUAUAAGAUAGAACUAUUUCAUAUUGUACAUAUAAUUUUUCCAAAGGCUACAAAAAUGGAGCAGAUAAGAGUUCCUAAGGAAAACAUACGUUUGCAGGUAGAAAAUGUGAGAAUGUUAGAUAAAUACAGCAAUAAUCAUUCCAUUGGUACUCUUUACUUGACAGUGACACAUCUUAUCUUUGUUGAGAGAAGCGGCAAAAGAAAGAUAUGGGUGUUGUAUACGCAUAUCUCGAAUAUAGAGAAACAGCCAUUGACAACAACAGGAUCACCAUUGUACAUUAAAUGCAAACAUUUUUUUAUCGUCACAUUUGUUAUCCCAAAGGAACGUGAUUGUCAUGAGAUUUAUCUUACCUUAUUAAAGUUAUCUUGUCCAGCUAAUUUAGAAGAUUUGUAUUGCUUCAAUUAUCAGGAAAGCGAAGAUACACUACCUCAGCAUGCAGGGUGGAAUUUCUUCAAUGUACAAAGUGAAUUUCAACGGCAAGGCGUUCCGAAUGAAGAAUGGUCACUUUCGUAUUUAAACACUAAUUAUGAGCUUUGCGAUACUUAUCCAAGAUACUUAUAUGUUCCUAGUACGUGUACUAACAAUAUUCUAGUGGGCAGUGCAAAAUUUAGAAGCAGAGGAAGAUUACCGGUUUUAACAUAUUUGCAUUCAAACAAGGCUGCUAUAUGUCGCUGCAGCCAACCGCUCUCAGGAUUCAGCGCAAGAUGUCCUGAAGAUGAGCAAAUGAUGUAUAAUAUAUUAUGUACAAAUCCUAACUCGACAUACAUGUAUGUUGUCGAUACAAGACCACGAAUCAAUGCCUUUGCUAACAGAGCCGCAGGAAAGGGUUACGAAAACGAAAAUUUCUACGAUAAUAUUAAAUUUCACUUCUUCGGGAUAGAAAACAUUCACGUAAUGAGAACAAGCUUAAAUAAACUUUUGGACUUACAAAGGUCGACUUCGAUGAGCACAUUUUUAAGCGGCCUAGAAAGUAGCGGUUGGCUGAAACACAUUCGUUCUAUCUUGGAAACUGCUUGGUUCAUCGCACGGGCAGUUUCAAACGGCGUGAGCGUAGUUGUGCAUUGUAGCGACGGAUGGGAUCGCACUGCACAAGUUUGUUCUCUGGCUGCGUUACUAUUAGAUCCAUUUUACAGAACGAUCCAAGGCUUUCAAGCUUUAAUAGAGAAGGAUUGGCUGUCGUUUGGUCAUAAAUUUAGCGAUCGUUGUGGCUAUGUCAGCAGUGAUGGCAAAGAGCUUGCGCCGAUAUUUACACAAUUCAUAGAUGCAACGUACCAAUUGCUACAGCAGUAUCCAUACAAGUUUCAAUUCAAUGAGUAUUUUCUUCUAACAUUACACGAUCAUGUACAUAGCUGUCAACAUGGCACAUUCAUUGGAAAUUCGGAGAAAGAAAGGCAAAUGUUAAGAUUAUCCGAGAGGACGUACUCGUUGUGGGGUUACUUAGCGAAUAACACGAAUGAAUAUAUAAAUCCAAUCUAUCGUUGCAAUCGUUACAAUAAUGAGGAUUCCACUGACGUUCUUCAACCUAAAUUGGCGCCGCAAACUAUCGUUCUGUGGAGAGGCUUAUACUUCAGAUUUGAAAACGGAAUACAGCCUAGAGAAACGUGUGAGGAUUUACUUCUGACGAUUCAUGAUCACACAAGCUCCUUAGAGGAUCACGUGAAGCUUCUGCUAAAACGAGUCAAUUCUUUGGGGCAACUCUUAAAUACAAAUAACGUUCAAAAGAGGGGAAAACACAAAUUCGACAAUAAGUUUAUGAAGGAGACUUUAUCGGAAACUAUAAUAGAGAACACCGCAAAUCACGAUGAAAAGGCGAAAGCCAAGUUGAAGGCGAAUCAAUUGGAGAAUGAAUUGAAAACGGUCGCUUUAGAAUGGAAGUCGUCGCGAAAUAUGGAGGAAUGUGGAUGCUCCACUACAUUCGAUGCUUUCAACAAAAAGCAUCACUGUUGGUCCUGCGGCGACGUAUUGUGCACAAGAUGCAUGACAGUGCAUACGAAAUUGUCUGGGCAUCUGUCACAGCGCGCCGUGCCUACGUGCAAAUCGUGCUAUCAAAGUUCCGGUAUAUCUGUCACUAGUCCUUAAAUGCAUCUUAUUUCAAUGCCGCUGUAUACUUAUAACUCGUAUUUGUACACAUAUGUCUUUUAGAUGAAACAAUGAAGAAACGUAGCCUCUCUUAA